AUGCGAUUUCGUGAGGAUCAUGGCUGUAUCUUCGCCCUCACAGUCAAAGCCCACGAGACAAUGCUCCAGGGCUCGUCAGUUUCCACAGCAAGCAACUCAACCUACCGCAUCACUGACAUCCCCGGCAAGGGAUUGGGCUUGAUCGCUACCAGGCAGCUCAAAAGGGGCCAGCGUAUUCUCACCGACACGCCUCUCAUCAGAACUCACAUGACCGACAAGUCCACUGUCUCCAUUGCCCAAUUUAACAGCCUUUCCAUCAGCGAUCAGGACCAGGUCCUCAGCCUGACCAACAUCUGGAAGCAAGACCAUCCCGUUGUCGGUAUCAUCUGGACCAACUCCAUCCCCUUCACCAACGAUGGCAACGAGGCGGGCCUGUUCCCGCUCGCCUCGCGAAUCAACCAUUCCUGCAUGCCCAACACCGUGCACUCUUGGGAAGAAGAACGUGGAGAGCUGCGAACACACGUGAUCCGUGAUAUCCAGGACGGCGAAGAGAUCACCAGCUACUAUCCCUCCUCUGUGGCCGAAUACGCACUUCGUCAGGAACACUUCCAGAUAGUUCAUGAAUUCCGCUGUGCUUGCGCAUUAUGCCUCCUCCCUUUCGCGGAACGAGAAGCAAGCGACAACCGCAUACGCCGGAUUAUCGCCCUCGAGAAAGACCUGUACCGUACUUGGAAGCACAGACGACAUUGCAAGCCGAACGGCGCCCACCUCAAGCUCGUCGGGACGUUGCUUGAUCUGUACGGAGAAGAGGGCAUCGUUGACUGGCGCCCGCUGCAUGCGCUCUCCCGCGGCUCUAACCUGGCCACGGAGAUGCAUAGCUACAGGCACGCGACCAUUCUUGCCGAGAAGGCCUACAAAAUGUUGAUUGAACUGAGUGGACAUGAUCAUUCACAGACGAAGCAGAUGGGAGGACGAGUGAUCCGUAUGAAGCAGCGCUUGGAGGAGUUGGAGGCCAUGGCGCUGGGGAAAGUCGACCGGCAGAAAUAA